AUGGCCUCACUCCUGCGAUAUACAGCUAUAGCAGCGCUGGCAUCUUCAGUGAGCGGCUUCGCGAUUGGCGCAUUCCCUACACAGACUCUCGCAGAUGGAUACGGACAGGUCUUUCUCCAGCCUACAGCUGCUCCUUCGGUGGAGUUGGUCAAGCAGAAAUUGAAGCAGAGGGCAUUGACGAACAUUUGUACCGAGUGGACAAUUCCUGGGGGGUUCGGGCAGCCACAAUGUGUUAAUUCACAGACAUGUCUUUUCCAGACUGUGAAUGGCAGGUUAUAUGAGGGAUGUGGACAGACGAGUAUAGCAUACGAUUGGAUCACCCAGUGUUGGAAUUAUCCUCAAUCAGGAGUUCCGCCAAAGUCUGAGAUUUUCUGUCCCGCGGAAGAGCCAUACUGCGGCUUCUUCGGAUUCGAUUUUGGCUCCGGAUUUACAGCCUACAACUUUGGCUGCUCAACCAGCGCCUACGGCCUCAUCGUCACGCGCAUAGAAACCGAUGGCUUCAAUUCCAGCGACACGACCACUACCGAUGAGUCCUUCGCAACGCCUGAUCCAACAGCCACCGAAACAUCCACACCUGCCACACCCACUAUCUUCGUAGGCGGCUCCGAUUCAACAAGCACACCUUCUUCAUCUCCCAGACCGACGCCCUCGCCAAACAAACACUCCAAAAAGCCCAUUGGAGCCAUCGUCGGCGGCGCAGUAGGCGGCGUCGCAGUCCUCGCGCUCCUAGCUUUCCUCCUCUGGUUCUGCCUACGCAAACGCAAGCAAAAGCGUGCCGAGUCUGCAGCUGCUCAAGCACGUAUACAGAACGAGCAAGCGAGCGCAUUGACUGCAUACGGCAUGAACAACAACAAUGUAGCGGAAAUAGGAGGGGCCAUGAAGCCCGCUACUGCUUAUGGCGCUUCUCAGCAGCUGCAACAACAGCAGCAGCAUCCAGCUAUGGGUGUAUAUCCUGAGAAACAGACGGCUGGGGUGGGAACCCAGGAGGUGUAUAGACCUGCUUUGGGAGGACACUUGUCGAGCGGCGGGGAGAAUACUAAUACGCAAUCGAGUGUUAAUGGAUAUCCACCAUCUCAAUCUCCCCCACCAGUCUAUACCAAUCCUUCAUCGACGCUCAUCCCCAGCCCACCGAGCCAAUACAGCGAACUCGCUCAAGACCAGACGCAACGGCGAGCAAGUAACCUCAGCAGUCAAGGCGGCGUCAGUCCCAUGGGUUCAGGCUUCUCCCCCCCACAAGGGCAAUCGCAUUCCCCGAUGGUGAUGCAGAGUCCUCCUCCUCCUGCUGCUGCUGCUACUAUGGGAACCGUGAAUGAAUUAGGGACGCAUAGCGAGGUGAAUGAGUUAGGUGGUGAGAAUCGCGGGAGUUGGAAUGUUCCGCCUGGGGUGCAGGAGAUGGGUGGCGGGCAGUCGAGUUCGGGGGGUAUUGCGAGGAGACCUGUGGGUGGGGGGACGAGGAGGAGUCAGGUGGAUAUGAAUGGAGCGCCGUUGAGCGAGGAGUUUAGGCAUGAAUUGCAAUAG